GCCAGGUGCUGUUCUCAAAAGCCUGACUCACCAAGGUUUACUGCCCUAGAAAACCAGGGUCGCGUGUAUUCCUCAGCUUCUCUGUCAUCGAGUUCAUUCUACUAUUUCCAUCGGAUCAACACAGUCACCCCCAGCUCACGAUGAAGCUCUUCACGUCAACUCUCGCCCUUGCACUCCUCUCUGUCUGUGCUUCUGGUUCGCCCAUGAUCCGCCAAGAGGCCGAGGCCGGUGACCCGUGCAACCUCACUGGCACGUACCAGCCUGGCACCGACAUCUCGUCGUGCAGUACCAUCACAGUCGGAACUCUCACUGUUCCUGCUGGAGUCACGCUAGACCUGAGCAAGGCUAAGAACGGAGCCACCAUCAACAUCGCCGGCACCGUUACCUUCGGUACUCAGAAAUGGGCUGGCCCUCUCCUGUCUAUCAGUGGCAACUCCCUUACAGUCAAGGGCUCCGGAACACUGGAUGGUCAGGGAGACUGGUACUGGAAACAGGGCGAGUCGAUCACCCGUCCCGUCUUCGUGAAGCUGCAAAACGUUGUUGGCUCGAACAUUUCGGGCUUCACGGUAAAGAAUUCGCCUUUCCGCACGUUCAGCAUUGUCACGUGCCAGCAGACAACGCUGAGUGGACUGACGCUCGACUCGAGUGCUGGAAAUGGCCGUGCUCAAAAUACGGACGGCUUCGACAUGACCAAGAACGACCACGUCACUAUCACCGGCAACAAGAUCUACAACCAAGACGACUGUCUCGCUAUGCAGUCCAGUACCAACACGAUCUUCAGCAACAACCUUUGCAGCGGAAGUCACGGUAUCUCGGUCGGUUCCAUUGGCGGCAACGCAGUUGACGAGACCACGACUGUAUCCGGUCUUACCGUUCAGGGUAACACCAUUCAGAACAGUGACAAUGGUCUUCGUAUCAAGGCAAUCAUUGGUAUGAAGGGCUUGGUCACGAACGUCAAGUACAUCAACAACAAGCUCGAGAACGUGGAGAACGCCAUCGCGAUCCACUCGGACUACAGCAGAUCCGCUGGUGCCUACACGGGAGCGCCUACCAGUCUGGUGACGAUUUCGGACAUUACGGUCGACGGUCUCACGGGUUCGGCGGACCAGAUAUAUGACAUUGUCGUGAACCCGAGCGCGGUGUCGGGGUGGACGUUUAAGGGUAUCACCGUGUCGGGUGCGAAGGGCACUUGUAAGGGCCAGCCGAAUGGUAUCACUUGUUAAACAAAUUGCCAUUGGCAUCGGCAAGUCAUACCUCUAAGUAUGGCCAAUGAAAAGUGGUAUCAUCUCAUCUGACCUAUAGAAAUAUCUUUAUUCUUUUCCGAGGCGAUGCAUCUACCCAAUCUUACUGAAACGAGUCGAGACACACUAGAUUCGUUUAGCAACGAUGAGUCAGGGAAAUAGAUUUGAGUGAGCUAC